GUGUAUGAAUCCAGGAAUUAUUGCCAGAGAUUCUGUCGACAUCAGUGGGAUUCUGGAUGCCCCAGAGGUGAUCAUCAAUGGCACCAUAUUUACCAGCAAGUGGUGCCAUAUCUGUAAGAUCUACCGUCCCCCAAGAUGUCGACACUGCUACAGCUGCGAUGUGUGUGUAGAGGAUCUUGACCAUCACUGUUUCUUCCUUAAAAAGUGCAUUGGGAAAAGAAACCAUCGUUUUUUCUACACUUUACUCUUUUCCCUAACUGUCUAUUUUCUUCUCAUGUUUUCCUUCUGCACUAUCUUUCUAGUGAAGUAUCCCAAUGCAAUAUUUCUAUCCAAGAUCACCACUUUUAUUCUUGCUACAAUUUUGCUUCUUGCUUCUGUACCGUUAUUUUUCUUUUUCGCUUUUCACACUUACCUCAUCGCAGCUGGAAUGACCACGUAUGAGCAGGUAAAAGUAAAGAUAACAGUUGUAAUUUAAUUUUCACUUCAUUUAAACACAGAAACAGGGAUUUAACCUAGUCUGUGUUUAGGGUUCACAAGAGCCUCUCCCCA